GGGCGAUGCAUUAAUAACCGUUCUGUUUUUCGGGAAAGAAUGGCAGCAAAUAUUUCUGUUAUUUCGAAUUGGGCAUCCAUUGUCUGAAUUUCUGCUAACUGAAAACCAAAAACGAUACUAAGUAGCCAUAAUAUAUGUAAACAAUCUACAGAUGUGAAAUACAAAGUUUUUCUCCUUUAAGUACUUAUACAUGCUUUCUGGGUUGAAAAAGUCCACUACCUAUUGCUUUAUUUUAAUUUUAUUGCUGGACUUAAAUCUGCACAAAAUUAUCUUGGGGAUUUCCCCUAAGAUUAGGCUUAGUUUUGUCCGAUUUUCCAUUAUGAGCUGGUCCACCUAAUAUUUCAUAUUUGUUAUCGUUCUUAAAAACUCGUGUUUAGGUAAAUUUAAUAAAAAUGUUAAUAUUACAGCGAUUAGAUUAUUUUUACAGGUAAGCUUAUAAUCAUUAAUGUACAUAUUUUCUAAAGCUGAAGUUUCUUGUUUAUUAAUUAAGUGGAAUCUUCAAAAUAAUUUUUGUUUCUUAUAGUUUAUGUUGGUACUAAAUUCUUUUUUCGCGUAGCAAUGGUCAUGGCAGUACCAACGCUGAUACCAGCGAGUGCCAUGAAUUUUACAGAAAAUCAGCAAGCAUGUAUUGUACUGGAAAAACUUUGGAGUCAGCGUGAAGCAGGACGAUUUUGUGAUGUCGUGCUUCACGUUCAGGGUCAAAAAUUCCAAGCCCAUCGAAAUGUCUUGGCUGCAUGCAGCCCGUACUUUGAUUCUGUAUUAAAAACUCACAAAGUUAUCAAAGAACAGCUGACUGUAACUUGUCAAAAUUUGGAUGCAUUCCAAUUACUCUUAAAUUAUAUGUAUACAGGAGCUGUAGUUAUUGAUAAAAACAAUGUGUCUGAAUUAUUGAGAUUGGCGAAUCAUUUUCUUGUAAUCAAAUUGAAAAAUUAUUGUGCGGAAUAUUUAGAUAGGUAUUUAGAUCCUUCUAACUGUUUGACAGUUAGAGAGAUGGCAGAGAAGUACAAUUUACCUGUUCUGCACAAAAAUGCAUCUGCUUUUAUUCACAAUCACAUUGUUGAAGUUUUCGAUCAAAAUGAAAUUUUAGAAUUUACGAUAUCUAAGUUAGAAGCAUUUUUUAAAGAAAAACAGUGUCUCAUUCCCCAACAUGUGUUGCUUAACUUCAUUUGUAAGUGGGUAGAACAUGAUGCUAGUAAAAGGGAAAGUGAUUUUAGAACUUUGCUUACAUUUAUUAAUUGGGACUCUAUUGAACGUCCAUAUUUAGAAGAUCACAUGAAAUCCUGUUCGCUUUAUGUGAAGAAUCCAAAAUGCAUGUAUUUGUUGUUGAUGUGUCUUGAAGAAAACAAAAUUGAUUUACCAGAAUUUAAAAGUUUACACACUUCUUUAAAGUCUCAAUAUGGAGCUGGAUCAAAUGUUGAUAAUGAUAGUUUUAUGAAUAUAGCUAUAUCUGCAGCAAUACAUGGAUUGCAGAAGUAUCCUUUAGCUGCUAGCAGUGAAGAAAAUGCUCCCAUUACUGUUGCUCCAUUAGAAAAAGAACAAGCAAAAGAAAAAUGCCCUUUGCCUCCUCCAGUGGAAGAACCAACAAAGGUAUCCUCGGAUAAUGAUUCGAGCAAUAGUAGCUUUGAUGAUGUUGCUCCUGACUGUGGUGUUAAUAAUGACUAUGAUGACAGUCAAAGUUCAGAUGAAAAACAAAGUCCUGAAACACCUCCAAAUCGUCGUAAAGUUGCUUCUCGCAAAAUAAAAUUAAAAACUACUGCAAGGAAGAUUACUAUGACUACAAGAAGAUCAUCUUUACUUCAAAAAGCUGAAAAAACAGUUCCUCCCAUUAAAAUUACUCGUAAAUCAUCUGGUACUAUAUCUGCCAAGCCUGCUCCAAAGAGUGCCUCAAAAACUGCCAAACAAAAUUCAAAAUCUCCGAAAAAUCAAAUUUCAAGUAAACAAUCACAAGUGGUUCCUGCUGGUAACAAAUCAAAUUCUAAGUCUGGUAAAAAACGUUAUGUGUCAGAGACUGAUACUGAAGAUGACGAUGAUGAUGACGACGAGGAUGACGAUGAAGGUAGUUCAAGUGCUACAGAUUCCAGUGUGGAAGAAUCUGUGAAUGGACAUGGUAAUAAAUCUAAAUGGAAAGAUGGUGUAAAAUGUCCAAAUUGUUCUUACAUUGCUCAUAGCUCUGUCAGAUUAGAGCAACAUGUUUCUCGUAUACAUGCAAAAGAUGUGACUUAUAAAUGUAAAGUUUGUGAUUUUACAUGUAAAUGGAAUAGAGAAUAUUACAGCCAUGUCAAAACACAUUUCCAAGGCCCACCAUUUCGCUGUGAAAAUUGUGAAUAUACUUGUGACAGAAUACAAUUUCUUUUGUCUCAUCGUAUGCGGCAUACUGAUGAACGGCCUUUUAAAUGUGAUGAAUGCGAUCACCGGUGUCGUACAAAAGCAAAUUUAGACUGCCAUAUGAGAUGUCAUACUGGUGAGAAACCAUAUCAAUGUGAGCAUUGUGAAAGAAGAUUUGCUAUUAAAGCUAGUUUAGAUCAACACUUAGCAUCACAUCGUGAAGAUAGGCCUUUCUUAUGCGAUACUUGUGGAUUUAGUACAAAAUAUCAAUCACAUCUAUUUUCUCAUAAGAGAAUUCAUACAGGCGAUGUAUUUCGUUGUCAUUUUCCAAAUUGUAAAUAUAGUACUCCUAAGAAAAGCCAAUUAGGUUCCCAUCAUAGAACUCAUACAGCUGUCCGUUCCCAUAUUUGUUCCAUUUGUGGAAGAGCAUUUAUUGAAAAAAGCCAUCUUGUAAGACAUGAACGUAUUCAUUUAAAUGAAAAACCAUUUAAAUGCGAACACUGUGAUUAUUGUAGUUCGCGCAGAGAUAAGUUAAAGGAACACUUUCGAAAGCAUCAUGGCGAAAAUGCAACUGCUAAAGGACCAUAUAGGCCUAGGAAACAAAGGAGGCAGGGUUAUGAAGUGAGUGCUUAUUCUCCCCCAAAUAAAAACCAGCCUCCAGAAUCUGAAAACAACCAGUUACAGCCUCAGCAACAUAUUGAAUUACAGACAGCUGUAUCUGCCAUUGGAGCUAACAAUCCUCCUCCAGCACCGGUGGUUUAUAGUUACGAGUCUUCUCAUCAAGAUGCUCUUCACAGUCAUGCUGCAGUUGCUUUACAACAAUUGGGAGCAGCUGCUGCUCAUAAUUAUCAGGUAGCAUUUAUGGAACAAAGACAUCACCAACCUCAUCACCAUCAUCACCACCACCAUCAACAUACUCAUCAGCAUCCUCAUCCUCAUGUUGGACCAACUCCACCAUCUGCUGUUCCUGCUAUGAUGUCUGAUCAGAAUCGAGUAAAUGUUGUUACAGUUAGCUCACAUGAUGGAACAAAUGUUGUUGGGCAACCAACAGAAUUCAGUCCAUUUAUGUCAUUUAUGUAAUUUUAAUUCUAUAUAAUUUAUAUCAAUUAAAACUAUUGGGUUUAGGAUAUUUUAACUUACUAGUUGAUUGAUUGUGUGCCUAUAUUUUGGUAACUUGUAACAUUUCAUGCAAUAUAUUAUGUUACAAAUUUAUUUAUUAUCUUGUUUUAAAUUAUAUUUGACAUGUGAGUAUUGAUACUUUUUGUUUUUGCUUAUCAAAAUAUCUUUAAAGCUGUUUUGUUUGACUUUAUUUAUAUUUAAUUAGAUUAUCUAAUAACUACUAAUUAAUGAAUUCUAGUUUACAUAUUGAUGUUAGUGUGACAGAAGAUAAUUAUCAAAUGUUAUGUUAGUAUAGUUUAUUUUUUUUCUGUUCUCGACUCUUUUCUAUAAACUUUUUAAAAUCCAUCUUUAUAAUAAUUUUAUAUAAAAAUAAUAUGUAUUCCCUAAAUAUAUUAUUUUGUUUGUAAAAAAAAAGAAAGUGUUCAAAAGUAUAAUAUUUUUUUAAUACCGAAUCAAGAUCUUAUCCUUAGAAUAUGGUUUUAACAAGUUUGUGUUUCUCGGUGAUAUUAUUUUCUAUAUUAGACAUGUUCAAUUUUUGUUAUUUUAUAAAUAAUAUGUAUAUUUUAGUUAUAACCACUGGUUGAAUUUAUAAAUUUAAGUUUAUGUGAAGUUAAAUUUUAAGUACAAAUGCAUGAUAUUUUACAUUGUAUUUUGCUCAUUGUUACCAACAUGAAAAACUACUAAUUAAGCAACAAAAAAAAUUUGGAAUCAAAAGUUUAACAUUGAAAAGCUGAAGAUUUUUUGUUUCAUUACCUUUUUAACUUUUGUUAUUGUUAUUUUUUCUUGGGAAAUUUUUUAUAUAUUAAGUGCACCACUUUAUUGGUUGCAUUUCUUUUAACCUUUCUGUUUGACACAAGACCUAUUAAAAAUCCAACUUAAUACAAUAAGAAUGCCAACCAUAAUAACUUGAGUGAUAAGUACCCUUAGAAUAAUAAAAAGCAAUCUUCUGAUCAGUACCAUAGAUUGAAAAAAUAUUUUUUUUAAAGCUCAUUAAAGAUUUUUGUGUUGCCAUAACUCAGAGAGUCAAAGUAUUAAGUGGACUAUAUAUUAUUGGGUUCCUAUAAUGAACAGUACUAAUUAUGUAAUUAAUAUAAUCUUUUAUAAAUUAGAAAAUAGCAACUAAAAAAAUAGUAACUUAGAAAAUAGUUGAAAAUGCUUUUUCGAGUUUGAAAUUAAUUUAAAGGAAAUAUUACUUAAAAUAAUUUUUAAUAAAAUUGAAAUUCCUUCUUAAUGUGCAUUACUUUAAUUUGUCCUCUGUAAAAAUCUACUCUUGAUAUGAUUUGUAUUUUUUACCCUGUAUUUGUAAGUUUAUUAUUAUGUGGUACUUAGCAUGUUUUUGUUUCUUAAGUUUUAAAAAAUAGAAGGAAACAGUUGUAUUUAGUAUUUGCAUGCAUAGUUAUAAAUCUGCUGAUUUAAAAGGUAUUUUAAAAACUCAGCAAAUUUUAGGUCAGCCAAUUUUUGCUUUUUUUUGUGCAUAUUUAUUAACUUGAAUAUGUUAAGGAAAUUGACAAAAGAAGAAAAAACAAACUAUAUAAUUGAAAAGAGCAUGAACUAAGCUAAUUUUGAUGCUGAAGUUAUUUCAACAUAUUAUUCUUAAUUGUGUUUUCAUUGUUUCUGAUAAAAUAUUAAUAACUUAUUCUAAUCUAUUUCAAAGUGUGAUAAUAUUUUUUAGAAAUAAUUUGACAUAUCUUAGAAAUUAGAUCUUCACACAUUAGCAAGAUACAUCAUUAAGAUCAAAAAGAUUAAACCUAUAAACACAGAUAAAUUUUACCAAUGUGUAAUUAUUAUUUUAACUGUGAAUUAAAUAUUUUUUUUCA